UGUGUAUACAUAUAUCUGGGAAAUAGCAUGCGAUGGCUCCAAGCAAGAUAAGGAGAGCCAUUGGGGCAGUCAAGGAUCAGACGAGCAUAGGGCUAGCAAAAGUUGGGAGUAGCACUUCGUUAUCAGAAUUGGAUGUAGCAAUUGUAAAGGCAACUAGCCAUGAAGAGUACCCAGCAGAGGAGAGACACAUUCGUGAAAUCUUAAGCUUAACAUCGUAUUCUCGAGCAUAUAUAAGUGCAUGUAUAAACACCCUCUCAAGAAGGCUAAAUAAGACUAAGAAUUGGACAGUGGCAUUAAAGACACUUAUUCUCAUCCAAAGAUUACUGGCAGAGGGGGAUCCAACAUAUGAGCAAGAGAUUUUCUUCGCCACAAGACGAGGGACUCGAAUUCUUAACAUGUCUGAUUUUUGUGAUACUUCACAUUCUAAUUCAUGGGAUUACUCAGCAUUUGUGCGUACUUAUGCACUAUAUCUUGAUGAAAGGCUUGAGUUUAGGAUGCAUAUGCGUCGUCGGAAGCGAAGUGCUUUAGAAACUGAUGAUGAAGGACAAGAGACUUCAACAACUUAUGGGAGAUCCAUACCAACUCGAGAUAUGAAAAUUGAUCAUAUCUUUUCCAGGGCACAACAUUUGCAACACCUUCUUGAUCGCUUUUUGGCAUGCCGCCCAACAGGUGGAGCAAAACAUAGUAGAGUUAUGAUGGUCGCUAUCUAUCCAAUAGUCAAAGAAAGCUUCCAAAUAUAUUAUAAGAUAAUGGAGAUCUUGGGUAUCUUAACUGAUCGUUUCAUGGAGCUAGAGAUUUCUGACUCUAUCAAAGUUUAUGAUAUUUUCUGUCAUGUCUCAAAGCAGUUUGAUGACCUUGAUAACUUCUAUGGAUGGUGUAAGAAUGUUGGUAUUUCACACUCGUCAGGUUACCCUGAAGUUGAGAAAAUUACACAGAAAAAACUAAACCUCAUGGAUGAUUUUAUAAGAAACAAGUCAGCAUUGGCCCAAACCACAAAAGCCAUAACUUAUGAAGCAAAACUUGACAAUGAAGAAGAAUCUGAAGGUCCAGAUGACAAAGAAGUUGAUAUGAAUGCAACAAAGGCACUACCACCACCUGAUGAUUUUGUUGAGGAUUCAACACAAGAAGUGAUAGAAGAACUAAUUAAGGAAGAGAUAAAAGAAGAAAAAAUAGAAAAAGAAGCUGAUUUGUUGAACUUGGGUGAUGAUGCACAAUCACUAGAAUCACAUGCAAAUCAAUUGGCUUUAGCUUUGUUUGAUGUUGAUGGUGGUGUUGCAACAAACACUUCAACACUGGAAUUAUUUAGUGAUGUCACAGCAGAUUGGGAGUCAGCUCUAAUUCAAUCUGCUAGUGCUUUAUCCAAUAAAAGGAAGAAUCUUGCAGGGGGUUUUGAUAUGAUGUUGCUUGAUGGUAUGUAUCAACAAGGGGUAACAAAUGCAGCAAUGUCAAAUACAGCUAGUGGAAGUGCAAGCAGUGUUGCUCUUGGAUCAGCUGGAAGGCCUGGAACAUUAGCACUUCCAGCUCCACCAAUGGCAAACAAUAGUAACGUAAAUUUGCCUAUUGUAGACCCAUUUGCAGCUUCAUCUACAGUUGCCCCACCACCAUAUGUGCAAAUAUCAGACAUGGAGAAGAAGCAAAAGCUAUUAAUGGAUGAGCAGUUAAUGUGGGAACAAUAUGCCAAAGAUGGGAUGCGAGGACAACUUGAAUUAGCACAACCGAAUUCUUACAAUAUGGGGGGAUAUACAAAUGGACACUAGUUGUCCAAUUAUAAAAAUGCUUUAGUUGCUUUUUCAAGAUGACUUUGUAAUCUACUUUCCAAAUUUUAG